AGGGAUUCUGUUGUCCGUACAUGGUGAGGCUUGCUUGUGCAACUGGUGCCUGCCACUCGGCAAAGUUGGCAUCUUUGCACAUACUUACCGUUCGAAAUAUAACUUCACGUUACCAGCGAUAUCACCCGUAUUUCCCUCACCGAUCUGGGAACAGCUUCGCUAUUUUCUUCGUCUUCUUCGAACCGUGAAGAGUUCGUUUCCAGUGGGAAGGACUGAACCGCUAACCAUGAAGUUCAUCAUCUUUAUGUCACUGGCUGUUUCAUGUAGCCAAGUGGCGAGUCAGAGUUGGAAUUACGACCCAUCUUCCAACAUUGGCCCUGCAAACUGGGGCAAUAUCCCGGGUUUCGAAACAUGCGGAACGGGAACUGAGCAAUCACCCAUCAACAUCCCAACGGCGAGUGCAAUGUACGCGAGUUAUCCACCGCUGAAUAUCACCAGCAACGCAACAACAGAUGUCUAUCACUUGGAGAACGUCGGCGACGCACCAACGGGAUUCGCCUAUGGUUCCUCUAACACGUGGUUUACAGGUGGACCGGUGGGAGUCACUCACUACAAGCUGCACAGUUUCCACCUGCAUUACGGCAACUCCACGUACGAUGGGUCGGAGCAUGCAAUCGAUGGCAUGCGAACAUCAGCAGAGCUCGAUGUCGUCUUCUACAACGGCUCGUACCAAAAUCUUAAUCAAGCCUUGGCAAGUGGAGAUCGUGAUGCUAUCGCUAUCAUUGCCGUGUUGUUCAGCCCCAGCGACGAUAUAUCUCAUGCUCAUCCCGGUGUCACACCACUUCUUAACUUCUUCUCCCAGCUGACAUAUAGAGGCGAUCAGUCAGCAGAGCAGCUGAACUUCCAAGAUAUACUUCGCCCGGAGGACAUCACUACAUUCUACACGUACUACGGAUCGAACAGCCAUCCCGCUUGCAACGAACAGGUCGUCUGGAUGGUUAUGAGCCAAAUCCAGUACUACCCGCCCACAAUGAUUAAUGCGCUCUCUGGUCUGCUGUCAUCGAACCGCUCGGAGCCCCGAGUUGAGCAAAUCGGAAACACUCGUCCGUUACAGCCACUUAAUUCUCGCAUGAUCUUCCAGAACUUCCACACUGAGAGUUCAGGAUCAGGACUUAUGACUGUGUCUCUUGUGGCUCUUCUCCUGUCGUUCUUGGCGGCCAGCUUUUAACAAGUCGUGCCCUGAUAAGCUUAUCCCGCUGCUCAUCAGCUGACGUACCCACAUGCCCAUUUCAUACGCACCAGUUCAUUGAAACUACUAGAUUAGAGACUUGCUUCGGGCAAGGAUGGCCUUUGUGAUUUGCCCACACAAUACAAUAGCAAAACAAUAGUGUGAAUCUACCCAUUGCUAGUCCACCUCAGUACAUGUUACACGUUAAUUUUGUGAUUGUGUUUGGAGCCCAAUCCUAAAAUUUAGUUCCUCGCCUAAAUCGUUUUUGUGUUCUGGUACUGGAUUUUCAAUCGCACCAUUAUUUUGCCCAGAAAACCUUCUGGUGCCUGAUGAUUGAUUUUGUGCUCGAAUCAUGCAGUGAAGGGGCAGCCUACCCAUAAAUUUCAUAUGGCAUUCAAUUGACCGUAACUUUGGUGUUUCUCAAUGGAUUUGAGUGAAAUUUUGACCACACACUCAGGA